CAGACACAGCUCUACCAGCCUGAAACUUGAUCAUCUUCUCAGAAUGAGGCAUCUGCUUCCACUGUGGUUGACCAUCCUGCUCUUUAUGAGUGAGAUGGUGAGCUCCUCAUUCGACGAGGGGUCAGGAGGAUACGAAGGGUCAGGAGGAUUUGAAUAUGAUAGGUGUGAGCAUCUGCACUGCACCCAGGAUGAGGUGUGCAAGGAGAGAAAUGACCAUUUUGGCUGCGCUUGUGGGAGGCACAAUCCAAAGCCCAACCCCAAUUCUUUUGAUGCCCAUGAGACAUGUCAGAGCAGCUCCGGGUCGGUGUCUCUGUCCCGCUGUCAGGUCUUUGAUGCUGGAUUUCCUGCUGAGUACCUCCAUCUGAACGAUCACAGCUGCACAGGGACGAUCAAGGAUGGCAGGGUGGAAUUCCAUUUCGACAACAAUGGGCACGUCUGUGGCACAACUCUGGAGACUAACAAAACACACUUCAUCUACAAGAACGCCGUCCAGAUGUCUUACGGCCCAGCUAAAUUGAUCAAUCGUGACAGUUGGCUGGCCAUUAACUUCUCCUGUGUGUAUCCACUUAUCAAGAGCAUCUCAAUGCCCAUGUCCAUCUUGGCCACGGAGAGUGUGGUCUACAAGAAUCUGCCGGGUGAAGAGGGCACAUACCAGAUCCACAUGUUGCUCUACAGUGAUGCUUCAUUCAAACAUCCUUACAGUGGUAAUUUUGAGCUUCAAGUGAAUCAGCCUGUCUUUGUGGGUGUGGAGGUGGAAGGAGUCGACAUGCGACAGUUCUCCCUUGUACUAGACAACUGCUGGGCAACUCCACAUGAUGACAUCAACGAAAAUGUUCGCUGGGACCUGAUCGUUAAGGAGUGUCCCACCCGUAGGGAUGGCUCAGUGAGAGUGCUGCAGAACGGAGUCUCGGGCUCCAGCCGCUUCUCCUUCAAGAUGUUCACCUUCACUAAUCAGUCUAAUCACAUCUUCCUGCACUGCAAGGUUCACCUGUGCCUGCGGAAGAGUGGUCGGUGUGCUCAGUCAUGCAGUCAGCGUCAUGGAGCGCAUGGUCAAAGAAGACGCCGAUUUUCGGACUUCCAUGACACAGCUGCCAUUAGCAUGAGCUUCUGAUUUACUUGUUUGAAAGUUCCAUUUAUUAUGAUACAGCUGUAUUGUUUAAUCUGUAAUUAAUCAAAGUGAAGUAAUAGUUAAUUUACUCUUUUCCUAAUAAUCAGAAAUGCAGGUAUGAUUGUGCUAUCCUUUACUGCCUUGAUUCUUUUAAGCAUAAGCAAUGACAAUAAAUUUCUCAAGCAUUA